CUCUCUUUGAUCCCUCGAAAAUGUCCAACAACUACAAGGUCGCCGACAUCUCGCUUGCCGCCUUCGGCCGCAAGGAGAUUGAGAUUGCCGAGGGUGAGAUGCCCGGUCUCGUCGCCCUCCGGACCAAGUACGGCAACGAGAAGCCCCUCGCUGGAGCGCGUAUCGCCGGAUGCCUGCACAUGACGAUCCAGACGGCCGUCCUCAUUGAGACGCUCGUUGCUCUCGGUGCCCAGGUCACCUGGUCCUCGUGCAACAUCUACUCGACCCAGGACCACGCCGCUGCUGCCAUUGCCGCCACUGGCGUCCCCGUCUACGCCUGGAAGGGCGAGACCGAGGAGGAGUACAACUGGUGCAUCGAGCAGACGCUCAAGGCUUUCCCUGGCGGCGAGCCCCUCAACAUGAUCCUCGACGACGGUGGCGACCUCACCUGGCUCGUCCACCAGAAGCACCCCGAGCUGCUCGCCGGCAUCAAGGGUGUCUCGGAGGAGACGACGACGGGUGUUCACCACCUCUACACGGCCAUGAAGCGCGGCACGCUCAAGAUGCCCGCCAUCAACGUCAACGACUCGGUGACCAAGAGCAAGUUCGACAACUACUACGGCUGCCGCGAGUCGCUCGUCGACGGCAUCAAGCGUGCCACCGACGUCAUGCUCGGCGGCAAGAUUGCCGUCGUUGCUGGCUUCGGUGACGUCGGCAAGGGCUGCGCCGAGUCGCUCCGUGGAUACGGCGCCCGCGUCAUUAUCACCGAGGUCGACCCCAUCAACGCCCUUCAGGCCGCCAUGGCCGGCUACGAGGUGGACCUGAUGGACGACGUGGCCCACAAGGCCAACAUCUUCGUCACCACCACCGGCUGCCGCGACAUUGUCACCGCUAAGCACUUCGAGGCCAUGAAGGAGGACGCCAUCGUGUGCAACAUUGGCCACUUCGACAUUGAGAUUGACGUCGCCUGGCUCAACAAGAACGCCAAGGAGAAGGUCGAGGUCAAGCCCCAGGUGGACCGCUACACCAUGGCCAACGGCCGCCACAUCAUCCUCCUCGCUGCCGGCCGUCUUGUCAACCUGGGCUGUGCUUCGGGACACCCCUCGAUGAUCAUGUCGUUCUCCUUCUGCAACCAGACGCUGGCCCAGAUUGAGCUCUGGAAGCACAACGAUGGUCAGCAGAAGUACCAGACUGGCAAGGUCUACAUGCUGCCCAAGUCUGCCGACGAGGAGGUCGCCCGCCUUCACCUCGACAAGGUCGCUGUCAAGCUGACGAAGCUGACCAAGGUCCAGGCCGACUACCUCGACCUCAACGCCGACGGCCCUUACAAGUCGGAGCACUACCGCUACUAAGCGUCGCUCCCGCUGCUCAAGCCCUUUCAACACUGGGCUGAUUCCCGUCUAGACAUCUGCAUUCUCUUUCUCGUCCUGCCUUGAACACCACCAAAAAAAAAACAGUUGUGUCUCCUUUCUCUCUCGCUCUAUCCAUUGUAUCACUAGCUUUCUCAACAAAGCCGUCAAUUUGAU